AUGUCGGCUCCGGCUGCUGAUAACGAGGCGACAGGGGCGGCGCUGGCGCGAAAGAAGAUUGUCUUCCGCCGAAACGCUGGUAAUUCUGCCGGCACAACGGCUGCGGCACCGACGUCGCCGGCGACUACUAGUGGGAGCAAAACUAACAGCAGGGGUGGUGCCGCCGGCCGAGGGCCAGCGUCCCCACCGCCACCGCAACAGGAGCGCCCGCCAUUGGAUCGGCUUGUGUUCAGUUCUAUUCACUUCUCUGCGCCGACGUUCGUGAAUAACAUCACCAACCGCCUGCUCUUCCCCAUAUUGCUGUCGCAGAGGCGAAAUGCAUCAGCAAUGGGGGCGGGUGGGGGCCGGCGGCUCUCCGAAGUUGUUGGCAGCGGCAGCGGCGACACCAAGAACGACAGCAGCGGCCUCGGCCGUGGUGUGGAUGAGAAGCAGCCGCGUGAGGGCAGUAGUGCUGGCGAUGAUUAUGCAGUUUUAGCGAACCGCCUGACAGUGACGCUGGAGGACGCCAUUGCGGAGAUCGAGAGCGUGCAGGAGACGGAGGGGCAGGCGCUUCAGACACGCGAGGUGCGCUGCCGCCGUGUGGAGAUCCGCGAGAAGCUGCAGCUCGCAACCAUACGCCUUGGGCUAGAGGCCACGACCUCGCGGCUGCACGAGUACGAGAACCGCGUGUGCAACGCGUUGGCGGCAACGGCGGGCAUUGAGCAGCACUUGGCGCAGUCCAACGCGCGGGUGCUGCGUGGCCGCGCCGUCUCGCAGUUGCUGAAGCACUUCAAGAUGCUGACGCAGAUGAAUCACGCGGAACUGAACGCGGUGCUGAAGAACUUGUCCAAGGCACGCGUGGAGCAGCGCGCGCAGGUGACGGCGCUGUGGGAGGCCGGCGUCGUGUCGUCCGCGGACCCAAUGUACUUCGGCGGCAAUGCGACACCGGCAGGGGAAGUGGACGGUGACAAUGGCGACGACGGUGACAGCGAGGUCGCUGAGCAGCAGAACCGCGACGACGACAAAAGCCACAACAACAGCGUUGAGGGCGGCACGGAAAGCGGGGGUCCGCGUGGACCGUUCCGACAGAGCGGCACCCGGCAGUUGCACCGCCGCUCUACCGCGCAAAAUCGCGGCGGUGGUGGUGGCCAGGCAGCAGCGGGUGGUGGUGGUAGUCGCAGUAAUGACGUUGGGCGUGACAAGAUGCACCGGCUCGAGACAGCAGCGGUGGCGGCCGGCCUUGACCACGCCUUCUCGGUGCGCAGCUGCACUGAGGCUCAGGUGGACUGGUGCCAGCGGCUCACACAAUUGUGCCGCGAGCUCAAUGGCAUUGUUGGCAACACCACGAACGUUGACCUCUACGUGGACUGGGUGCGGAAGGAGCUCGUCGCCGACGUCUUCCACCUCGUGGAUCGCUUCAACGACCUGUACAAGGAGCACCCCGACACAGCGGUGCAUCAGGCGUACGGCCGCGCCAUUCUGAAGACGCUCGAGCUCAUCUCACGGCUGUACACCACCAUUACGCCCUCACAUGAUGCGCUGCUGUCCGUAUUCUACGCACGCACCAUCAACCAAAUGGGCACGACGCUCUUCAGUGAGUACUCACCGAAGCCGCUGCCCCCGCAGCCGUCACUCGGCACCACGGGAGCAGCAACUGUACCACCAGGUUCUGCUAUGGCGCACUACCACAGCACGACGGAACCAGAUCUCCACCGUACGUUUGACUUUCUCAUCUCCCGCGCCCGGCGUGAUGUGAUUGUCGUGGAGACGAUCUUCGGCACGACAAACUCUGCGCGGCAGCAGCUGCUCGCGAAGAUGACAGAAGGCGUCGUGAAGCCGUUCGUGACGCAACAGCUGAAGUUGGUGGAGUUUUUUGAGCGAGACAUGGUGGAGGCGGAGGGGCGCCUCUCACCACGCUCGCGGCGGCGCUCAGCGGGGCGUGUCGCGGACGCUAUCACGUACGCGCACAGUAUGCAGGUGCGGCUCUUCAGCUUCUUCCGCGCGUACGUGGAGGAGCUGCGCGGCAUCUUCGACCGGGGCGAGGUCGACUUCCUGAACAAGUACGCUGAUUCCAUCUUCAACGGCCGCGCCGCCUUCGCGGAGCAGCGGGCAGAGCUCGAACUGCUGUUCCGCUACCACAAGCUGCUGGAAGAGCAGCACACACGUGACCUGCACCCCGUCCCGGAAGAGGUGUUCGACCUGCGCGAGGCGCACAUGAAGAAGACGAAGGAGCUUAUUGAACGCCUCACAGAAGUUGCCACACGCACACGCACAUAUGCCUUGCCGAAGGACAUUGGGCCGUGUAUCCUUGGCCUUGCCAAGGCAUCGCUAGAGAACAUGGGCCGCUAUCUCGAUGAGGAGCUGCGCAAGACAGUCGAGUCGAUUCGUGCCGACCGCGAGAACUGGCGCAUGAAGCCGAAGAGCGAGGAGGAACUGCUGCGGCCCACCAAGCUGGAGUCACAGCAGUGUGGUCUGCGCAUGCUGCUCUUUGUGCAGUCCUCGCUCAUGAGCCUCAACGACGCCAUUGCGGCCAGCUGUAUGCCGUGCCUGCAGAGCGAUGCGCGACUCGCGCAGGAGAUCGAAGAAGCAAGGGAGGCCGCCUUUGAGGAGCUCGACGAACGCGCAGAGACCCUGCUGAACAUGUGCGCCAACGCCAUUAUUGUGCGUUCCCUGUCCAUCCUGCUGCACUACCAGAAUCGUAACGACUACAUGCCAAAAGUGGCGAAGGGGGCGGAGGGGGAGAUGCUCGCGCAGCCGUGUACACGCGCCUGCACGCUAUUCUGCAUGUAUGUCACCCGGCAGUUUGAGGAGGCGAAGGAGUUCAUACGGCUCUCCAACGGACAAGUGCCGCAGCGCCAGACCGCCUCCCAGGUUGUCAGCGGGGCGACGCUCGAUCAAGUCGUGUCGUCGGGUCGAUUCGUGUCGCCGUCGAGCCCACAUCAGAGUGCGGCCCCAACAGCUGCAGCACCAGCAACGGAGGCGUCGGACGCUGUGCGUGCACGCGCGCGGAUGAUGAGCAUGCAGCAGCUGCUGUACGGCGACGGCGGUCCGUCUUCCUUUGUGCGCACCAUUGGGGUCUGUCUGUACCGCGGCAUCGUCACGCACGUCAAGGCGUUUACCGUCAACGAUCGCGGGGCGCUUAUCUACAAGCAGGAUGUCACGGCGUACAUGGAGGCGAUGGGGCCCAUUAUCCGCACGCCGGGGCUUGGCGGUGCGGUGGUGGAGGUACUGUUCCGCCUGUUGAAGGAGACGGCGAGUCUGCUGCUGAUGCCGUGGGACCACAUUAAGGGGGUGCGCGACACGGGGCUGCUGCGGCUCAUGAGCGGGGAGGAGAAGGUGGCGUUCAUCAAGAUGCGGGAGGACCUGCGUGAGGGAUUCCGCAAGAUUGCUCAGUGA